UCAAGUACAAAUUCCAAUGGCGAAGUUUAAAGUUGUUAACAUUGUUUUCUUUGUGUUAUUAGGUAUAGGAAUAUGUUCAGCCGCUAGAACCCUCCUCACUUACGAUCAUGUAGGUGUUGGGGGAGAGGUAGGCGCCUAUGGUGCAGGUCAUGGCAUUGGCGGUGGUGUAGGUGGUGGUGUUUCUGGUGGAGGCUAUGCUGGUGGUGGUGGUGGAGGUUCUGGCGGAGGUGGUGGAUAUGCAGAUGCUGGUGACCACGGUUAUGCCGGUGGAGGUGGUAGUGGCGCUGGUGGUCGUUCUGGCUAUGCAGCUGGAGGAGACCAUGGAGCAGGAUAUGCCGGAGGAGGUGGCGGUGGAAGUGGAGCUGGAGGUGGCUAUGCAGGAGGAGGACAUGACGGUGGAUAUGCCGGAGGAGGUGGCAGUGGAGGUGGUCAUGCUGGCGGAGGCCAUGAUGGUGGAUAUGCCGGAGGAGGUGGAGGUGGAAGUGGAGCAGGAGGUGGUCACGCUGGCGGAGGACAUGAUGCUGGAUAUGCUGCCGGAGGAGGUGAAGGUGGUGGUAGCGGAUAUGGUGAUGGAGGGGCAUCAGAUGGUGCAUAUGGUGCUGGAGGUGGUCGAGGCAGUGGUGGUGGCGGUGGAGUUGCCGCAGGUGGAGCGCAUGGUGGUGAUGCUGGAGGAGGUACUGGUGGCGGCUAUGGUGCUGGUGGGGCACCAGGGGGUGGAUAUGGUGGUGGAGGUGGGCAUGGAGGUGGUGGUGGUGGAGCCUACGCCGGUGGAGAAGGAGGAGCCACAGGUGGUGGAUACGGUAGUGGAGGAGGAGCUGGCGGCGGUGCAGGAGGAGCACAUGGAGGAGCAUAUGGUGGCGGUGGUGGUAAUGGAGCUGGUGGUGGUGGCGCCUAUACCGGUGGAGGUGAGCAUGCUGGUGGAUAUGGAGGAGGUGCAGGAGGUGGUGAAGGUGGUGGACAUGGUGGUGGCUACGCCCCUUGAGCAGUCAUUCAAAUCACCAUUUACAAUUUAAAGUUUCCAUCUUCUUACCAUACUAUUCAGAAAAUAAUGUAAUGAAAUUGUGGUAGGACGAUGGUAUAUUUGCGAAGGCAAAAGAAGACAUGCAAUCUUAGUGUAAUAUCGUUCCCUUUAAAAGCAACAUUAAGAUAUAUGAUUUCUUGCAGUCUACGUAUAUUGAAGUGGUUGGCAAUAUUUUUCAA